UUUAGUGGCCAACGUAUCAACAGCGUUGUAAAACCAGACUAGGCUUAAAUCUUGAUCAACUACACUACACAUUCAUUGCCUGGAACGACGUUAUAACUUUUAUUAUCCAUCAGUUUUUUGUUGUAUUAUCGACAGAUAGUUUUGAUAUUGCACAUAUAGAUCUAACUGAAAUUUGAAAUUUUAUUGUACUGGUAGGAACAGUUGUCAAGGAAAAAGUCAAAGCGAGCAAGCAAGUAAAUUUUGCUGGGCAGAGGGGCAGAGGCAAGCCCAAGCCAAGACGGGCCAAAGCAAAACCAAAAAGUAACAGAAGAAAUCCCAAGCAUGUCUCUAAAACGGAACCUGAAUGGAGGGAAUGAUGAUAAGCAGGAUGAUUCUUCUGAUGAUGAGAACUACACACCUUACAUCCCGAUCAAGCAACGGAAAAAAAUGGAGCUGAUGCAGCUCAAGCGCAGACUUGGUCAGGUUGGAGCAAUUAAAGAGGAAGAAAUGAUGAAAACAGAAAGCAGUGGGAAUGAAGAAGAGAGAGACCUCUCCAAGCAUCCUCUAGCACAGGACAGCGGAAGUGAAAAGGACCCGGGCGAUUCAGAUGACAACAAGUCUUCUAAAGAUGAUGAUGAGAAUGAUGGAGGAAUCCCUGAGCAGGACCUUGGACCGUUGGCUCAAGUCAGCUUGCUUGAUCAGCAUAAUGUGUUGAAGAAGAAGGCUGAAGCAAGGAAAGAGACAGCAAGGGAAAAGAUGCUGAAAGAGGAGGAGAAAAUUCUUGAGAGUGUUAAGGAAAAAACAGCUCUGAUGGGUGUGGCGGAGUUGGCCAAAGGUAUUGAAUACACAGACCCUAUCAAAACAGGAUGGCGGCCUCCUAAAUACAUACUAGAGAUGUCGGAGGAGAAACGGGAAAAAGUCAGGAAAAAAUAUCAUAUCCUGGUGGAGGGUGAGGACCUGCCACCACCUAUCAAAUCUUUUCAGGGCAUGAAGUUCCCAGAACCGAUUAUCGAAGCCUUGAAAAAGAAAGGCAUUAUUAAACCUUCACCUAUUCAGAUACAGGGAAUCCCUACUGUAUUGAGUGGGAGAGACAUGAUUGGCAUUGCCUUCACUGGGUCAGGCAAGACUUUGGUGUUCAGCCUUCCUAUUGUCAUGUUCAGCUUGGAGCAGGAGAAAAAAUUGCCGUUUGUGAAAAAAGAGGGCCCAUACGGACUCAUCAUAUGUCCUUCGAGAGAAUUGGCAAAGCAGACUUAUGAAGGCGUCAAGAUGUUUGGGGAAUGUAUGGAAGCAGCUGGCUUCCCUAGCCUUCGACCAGUUUUGUGUAUAGGAGGCAUGCCACUGAAAGAACAGAUGGAGAUUAUCAACAAGGGUACUCAUGUGAUGGUGGCCACACCAGGACGACUCAUGGACAUGCUGGACAAGAAAAUGGUCACUCUCGACGUGUGCCGUUAUCUGUGCAUGGACGAGGCUGACCGCAUGAUUGACAUGGGUUUUGAGGAAGAUGUCAGAACUAUUUUCUCAUAUUUCAAGGGUCAGCGACAGACUCUGUUGUUUUCUGCCACCAUGCCCAAGAAAAUCCAGAACUUUGCCCGUUCUGCUCUUGUUAAACCUGUCACUGUCAAUGUUGGCCGGGCGGGAGCUGCCAGUUUGGACAUUGUACAGGAAGUUGAAUAUGUCAAGCAGGAGGCAAAGAUGGUUUAUAUCCUACAGUGUUUGCGCAAAACGGCACCACCGGUUUUGAUUUUUGCUGAAAAAAAGCAAGAUGUGGAUGCCAUUCAUGAGUAUCUGCUAUUGAAAGGUGUGGAAGCUGUGGCGAUUCAUGGAGGGAAAGAUCAAGAAGAGAGGAGUAGAUCUGUGGAAGAAUUCAAGAAAGGACAGAAGGACGUGUUGGUUGCUACAGAUGUUGCCAGCAAAGGUUUGGACUUUGAAGGCAUUCAGCACGUGAUCAACUAUGACAUGCCCGAAGAUAUCGAGAACUAUGUUCACAGAAUUGGAAGAACAGGCAGAAAAGGUCAGAGAGGAGUAGCUACAACGUUUGUCAACAAAGCUGUUGACGAAUCCAUUUUGCUGGAUCUGAAGCACCUGCUGAUCGAGGCGAACCAGAAAGUCCCGGCCUUUCUGGCCACCAUGGAGUCAGAGACGGAGAAAUACCUGGACAUUGAAGGUGAAGUGGGUUGUUCCUAUUGUGGAGGUCUUGGCCACAGAAUCGCAGACUGUCCCAAACUGCAGGCUAUGCAGAGCAAACAGGCGUCUGGCAUUGGACGGAGGGACUAUCUGGCUCACAACAGUGCCGACUGGUAACAGUCAAGAGCAAAAUGUGAAGUGUGAAGGCAUUCCUCAGGAGAACGUUUCGACUUGUUUGGGUUUUUGUUUUGUGACAGUCGUGACUUUUUCCGAAAUGAAGCUUAAAUUGCUGAAAGUAUUAGAUUCUCCGAAAAGUAAAAGUUUUAUCUGUGCUCAAUUUCAAAUUUGAAUGGUAUUAACAUUUUCAAAGUCAAAAGUUAAAUUUAUAUGCUGUUCUUUACGAAAAUAAGCACGCAAAAAAUGCUAGGUCAAAGUCUUUAAAUUCAAAGCGGCAUUAUGGUGCAUGACAAGGAAUGUUCUAUGCAUAAGAAGAAAACAGAACUAAUUCACUUACAUGCUAUCUUUUAUUUCUUUGAUGUGCAGCAUUGUCUUCAUACCUGAGAUGGAUAAGAGUGAAAAUGAACAAGUGCGAAUGAGACUUUUGGUGGGUUUUUUUAUUUCAAAAAAAUUCAUUGUAUGUGGACCGAUUGAAAAAAGACAGGCUGCUUCAUGUUCACCAUUGCAUCGGUAAUCUGUUUUGUUGUACACUUUAAAUUUGAAUUGUUUGUUGGCUUUUUAAAAUCAUAAUUGUUUUGUAAAUUUUCUUUCCUGUAUCGGACAACAUGUAAAUAAAUGGUAUGAUACCGGUAUUAUGCCCUUUUCAACACAGUUUGUGUAUUUCAAAGCCAGGACCUCUAAUUUGAUGCUCUUCCCCGAAGGAUAGGACUGAACCAAAAGAUAGAGAGCCACAACAAAAAAUGGUUUUUUUUAAAGAAAACAACUGAAAAACACUGAUAGGUAAAAUAAAAGUAAGUUGCCUUUGUGAUUUCAGAUUUGUCAUGAAUAAAUAUUUGCCAUGUUACA